CCUCAGAGCUAUCAGAUAGUGCUCAUCACGGAAAGCAACUGUUGCCUGUUUUCAGUUGUCUCUGUGACAGCAGAAACUGCACUUACUAGAGGUGGCCUGAACUCAAAAUGCUAAGGAGGAAACCAUCCAAUGCCUCAGAGAAAGAGAAACAACAAAAACCGAAGCGCAGCAGCAGUUUUGGGAAUUUUGACCGUUUUCGGAAUAAUUCCAUGUCAAAGUCUGAUGACUCAAAUGAGGUCCAUGAAGAGGAGCUAACAAAUGCAAGUGAAGAACAAAAUAAACGUUCAAACAAUGGAGGGAGUCUAGGUAAAAAAAUGAGGGCCAUUUCAUGGACAAUGAAGAAAAAAGUGGGGAGAAAAUACGUCAAAGCCCUUUCUGAGGAAAAAGAGGAGGAAAACGUAGAGGAAACCCUCCCCUAUCGGAACAGUGAUCCCAUGAUUGGAACACAUACAGAGAAGAUCUCCCUCAAAGCCAGCGACUCUAUGGAUAGUCUCUACAGUGGCCAAAGCUCAUCAAGUGGGAUAACAAGCUGCUCAGAUGGAACAAGUAAUCGAGACAGCUUCCGCCUGGAUGAUGACAGCCCCUACUCAGGGCCGUUCUGUGGCCGUGCCAGAGUGCACACAGACUUCACACCAAGUCCCUAUGACACUGACUCCCUCAAAAUCAAGAAAGGAGACAUCAUAGACAUUAUCUGCAAAACACCGAUGGGAAUGUGGACAGGGAUGCUGAACAAUAAAGUGGGAAACUUCAAAUUUAUUUAUGUGGAUGUUAUCUCAGAAGAGGGAGCAGCUCCUAAGAAAAUCAAAGCACCCAGAAGCAGUAAGAGAGAGAGCCCCAGGACGCUGCAGGAGUUCCUAGAGAGGCUUAACCUUCAGGACUACACUUCAACCCUUCUGCUCAAUGGUUAUGAGACCCUGGAUGACUUGAAGGAUAUCAAAGAAAGUCAUCUCAUUGAAUUAGACAUUGCCAACCCCGAAGACAGGAUGAGGCUACUGUCUGCCACGGAGAGUCUCCUGGAUGAAGAAACCACUGCAGAACAAGAAAGUGAAGCUGGACUUCUGUCUGCAAGCCCAGAUGGCUUAAGUAAGUCGCAGGUAGACGACUGCCCAAGGGACUCUGGCUGCUAUAUCUCGUCAGGAAACUCAGACAAUGGCAAAGAAGAUCUAGAGUCAGAAAAUCUCCCUGACAUGGUACAGAAGAUUGCCAUCACAGAGUCCAGUGAACCGAAGACACAUUCUCAAGGCCACCCCGACAGCUGA